AUGCCCGGUCCGGGUUUCGAACCCGCGCUCGGACCCCUAAUUUUCAGAGUGCUCAUCGACUCUACGCCGGUAGAUCGACUGCCCGAUGGGCGACCUCUGGCCCAACUUUCCUUGGCUGAGAUCAAGGAACAGUGUGCGAUACGGAACCUGUCAAAGAAUGGAUCCCGGAAGGACUUGACCGAUCGUCUCAAAUUGCGGCUCGAACUCGAAAAGCUCAGAGAAGAGGCAUCUCGUGCUCUAGCCAAAGAAGAUGUUGUGCCUAAUAUUGGCUUGCAGGAUACCCCCGUCGGUCAAUCGGACAUCGUACGGCAAUACCUGGAAGCUCAACAGAGGAGACUACUUCUCUUCGGAGUUCAACGGCCCCAUUUUGGGAACACAGUUCCGAUCCAAGAAACGACACCGAGCGAUGAACGGAAACGUCCGGUGGCUCAAAAAACGAAAGGAUCUCUGAAACAAGCCGAUCUGCUCGCUAGCACACCGGGAGCGACUAGGAAUGUUUUGUCGAACACUGAGGCCACGGUCCUUGACGACCUCGAGGAGACCUCAAGCGCGGUGAAGACGACCCGCGGCCGAUCCGCGAAUCACAAAGCUCGAGCCGAUGAGACUCCCGCCCGGAAGAAGACGCGCUACAAUGCCAACGAUGCGAGCAACUCUGUCUCAAAGAUUUACGAAGAUGCAACCUCAGCCGCUCCCAAGCGGCGACGUACGGUUCGUGGAAGUCCAAUACAGGCAGAUGGGCUCCAAACGCCAACGGUGACCCUAGAGCUCAGUCCGACUGGCACUGAUGGCAAGGAAGUGAAACGCGGCCGUGGUAGACCCCGGAAAAUCAAGGAGACACCUCCUGCAAACACCGUCGCCGAGCCGCUCCCUGCUCCCGGCUCAUUGUCUGACGAUGUUGCGCCGCAAGAACACCCGACGGUCAAAGCCGAAAGCGAAAAGAAGCCGAUCGCUGCGGAUAAAGAUGAGAAUCGUAGCACCAGGGCCAAACGGCUCAGAUCUCAGGACGAGACCCCUCAGACGUUGCAGGAUAGAGCCCGAGCCCCACAUCCGCCGAGCUCGGCGGAUCCCGCACCAUCUGACGCGUCUCAGGACCCUAUCGAAGCCGCUCUUCUGGCGAUGCACGGUGUCGAAGACGCUACCAAGAGCCCGAAAAGACGAACCUUGCCUGCCGAUGAGCUCGGAAAUGAGAUCUUGAAAAAUCAUGAGAGUGAAGAGAGAUCCGAGCAGCAAGACGAUACUCCCGAUCAACAUGUAGAUGAUUUGGCCCAUAAUGACAGUAUCCAAUCUGGGGAGAUCGUUGAAAAUUGCGAUACGCUGCCUCGUUCUGCCCCCGGUGUCGAUGCAACGGCGAGCGAUACGACGGCAACGAGUCGAGAACGGUCGAAAACGGUAAAACCAGCCCGCAACAAAGAGGUCUCGCUACCUACCGUGAAGGAGGUCCCGAAAACCGUUGAGCCGAGAGCCGAACGUGUUAUAGAGAGAGAAUCAAAAGAGGUCUUCGCGAAAAAGUCGACUCCAGUCAGUCAAGGAAGUCCUCGACAAGAUGUUAAACGUACAAGCGGAACCGUUGAGCGCACUGUUCGCGAAACUCGGAAGCGAUCGAAAGUCGAGAACAUCGUUCAGAAACUGACUCAAGACAAGGUGGAGGCCGAUAUCGCCGCAAAGGAUGACUGUGUUUUACGUCUGCUCGGCGAAGGUCCCAAAGUAGAGAAGACCGACAAAAGGCCGCUAGACACACCUAAAACGAGCAGAGAGAAGAAACCCGAUCUGGGAAGCCCUCGUGAGAAACGAACGAAGGACGAGUUGCCAACUGUAUCAUCUCCACCGUCGCGACGAACUCGACGAGGACCCUCUGGCGAGGGGAUCGAUGCGAAGCUCGGAUCGGAGUCAUCGACGACGAGCGGAGCUGUGGCUGCCGCAGCUCCUGUGGCCGCGAUCGAUGCGGAAUCCGGUCGCAGAGACAGCGUAGAAGCAGCUGUUGCUGCGCUAAUUGAACAGAAACCCCCAAUCGCCGUAGCACCUGAACCGACGAUCCACGAAAAACGUGCCGCUCCCUCGACCCAGAAGUCGAACAUCGAGCCAAGUCCCGCCGGAGGGAAUCUUCCUAGCAAGUUGGAGCAGGUGAUCGCUAAAUGCGAAACGAGGCGAACAUCCGCCCGGAAAAACUCCCUGGAGGUCAAGGAAUCAAAAAUAAGCGAGAUUCUCAGCGCUGAACAACCAAUCAAAAAGAACGCGAUCGCAACAGAGCCCGUCGUCGACGUCGUCGCAACUGCAUCGUGUUCCGUCAGCGGAGAGGCACCGAGUAUCAGCGUCAAAGAUGAAAUACCGGAAACUCUCCAGGUGGCAGAUCUCUGUGAAGAGAAAGCUAUCAAACAGAUGGCACUCGCUGUCGAGUCCGGCACCGACCCCCUCCCGGAGCCGAAAACCCUCGUUGAGGUGAACGAUGUGGGCGACAAAGAGACGAUCGCGUCGCGGAAGGGGGAGCUACUCGGCCAACCCGGAGAAACGACGCACAACAAGGCUACCGUCGUUGUAGCGCCGGAGAAAACUUCCAUAGAUCCGAACACAGCUCCGGAGAAGCGGAAGCAGAAGGACGAAGCCGACGAAGACCCCGACUCGUUGAAGAUCGAUGAGAACCACGACGAUGAAUUCGACGCUGAAGAGAGUCAGAGGCCCCUCGUCAGCGAACUCGAUGGAGAAUGCAGUAGUUUGCAGAAAGCGACUGCGGGAAAGCCCGCGGAGGACGAAGUGGUACCUCCGCCAAAGAAGGAGAAUGAGACCUCGAAACCCUCGGAAUCGAACAUCGAAAACCAUCAAGGAGCGGAACCUGACGAGCAGCACAAAGAAAAUCGCGCAGCGGAGGGGGAACUAUCCGAGACUGCAGCGAUGAACAAAGUUUCGGAUCUACUGGAUGGUAACAAGGAUAUCGCUAGUGACAUCGAAGAGGAGGUUUCGAGCAAACCACAACCCGAGCAGGAUGAUCUUUGGGAAGCCGUUUUUUGUGGCGAUCAAGAAGGCAAUCCAGCAUCAGACUGGCCGGAAGGCAACAAUAACGAGGACCCGAGUUCGUCUUAUCGCCAAAGUGAACUGUUGGAUGACAGUGAAACAAGCAUCAACGACACGCCUGGAAUCAAGCUCCCUCAUAAGUUCCAACCCAAUGUUGAGAGUGCGGUGGCUUCGAUCCUCGAUCUGAACGACAUCAUGCGGCCGUCAUCGAGUUUGUCUUCGCAAGGUGGACACAACGAAAAUGACUCCGCGGUUAUCGACAACGUACCGGAUGCCGAUAGCGCCGUGGCUGGGCUUCUGUCGGAGACGCCUUUCGACGACGACGGAGGUCACUCCGAACUUUGCAUCGACGAUGAGGUCGUCUCCGACGCCGUCCCGCUCGAGUUCGACGAAACGGAAGGCCCCGCCGAGGUGUUCGACCAGGAACCCAAUCCAUCUGAAAUGGGCGAAGUUUUGCACGAAGAGAGCAGCACUUGCAAGGAAACUCCUGAGCGACGUAUUAGCGAGGAAGUUCGUUCUGUUACCGGAGACGUUGUUGAGAGCGUGGCCACCACGAGUCUCCUCGUCGACGCCACAGAGCAGCAACAGCGAAAGAAAGCGGUAUCUCCAUGCGACACAGAACGGACAUCUUCGGAUCCGCGCGAAGACUCUUCAGUAAAGCCGGGGAAAAAUCCUCCCGCGGAUGCAACGACAGUGACUAGAAGUCCGCCCCAAGCAGCGAUCGAGACGCCCCCUGAGGCCAAGAGCAGCGUCAAUUUAUCCGAAGAGAGUAGCUCGGAGAGCGACCUGGAAGAUUUGGGGUCUAGCCGCAAGGCCCGGGUGAAGCAGCAGAGAGACAAAUCAGCUGGAUCAUCCCUGCUGAAAUCCACUGAUAAAAAGAUCGGGGACCGGAAGGCCCCGUCCAAAGGACCGUCCUCUGUUUCUUCGUCAUCGUCCUCGGGUUCGUCGUCCGGCUCAUCAUCGUCGGGCUCUUCUUCUUCUUCUUCCGAAGACGACGAUGAUGAGGAGAACGAUGUUAGCGAGAGGAAGACAGUGAAAGCUCGCAAAUCGAGACCGAAAUCGCUCGAAGAUGCCGCAGACGAUUCCAGAGCGCGAUCAUCGGCGAAGAAGAAGCAAUCCGAGCAUCAGAUAGACCAGACGGUGCGGGACGUCAAGCGGAAUGAGGGAGAUACGAAGAAGUCCGAGACGACGAGUGACGGAGAAUCGAGAAAGCAGCAACACGGGGCGGAUCUCCGGAAACGAUCGCAAGAAGGCGCGCGGCGGGAACAGCGAGAGAAAUCGCCCAAGAAGGUGAAGGAGCAGCGAGCUGAUGAGGCUGGAAAACUGCGCGAGGAGCAAGAAGCAGGAGCUGAAAAAUCACGCGCAGAAGUCGACGCGAAGGCUGAGAAACUGCGUCGGCAACAGAAUGACGACGCGGAACGCGUAACCGAAGAGAAACUGCGAAAAGAACGAGAGGCGGAGAAACGACGUUUACAACGAGAGGAAGAACAGAAAGAGCGGGGAAAGCAAGAUAAACUUCAGAAGGAAGCCGAAGAAGAGGCGCGGAAGGCUGAAGAAGAAAUAGUGCGGAAGGCCGAAGAAGAAAAGGCCGAAGAAGAGAGAGCGCGGAAGGCCGAAGAAGAGAAAGCGCGAAAGGCCGAAGAAGAAAAAGCGCGGAAGGCCGAAGAAGAAAAAGCGCGGAGGGCCGAAGCCGAAAGAGCGCGGAAGGCCGAAGCCGAAAGAGCGCGGAAGGCCGAAGCCGAAAGAGCGCGGAAGGCCGAAGCCGAAAGAGCGCGGAAGGCCGAAGAAGAAAAAGCCCGGCAACUCCGAGAAGAGGAAGAAGAGAGAGUGAGACUACAACUGAAAGCAGAGGAGGAAGCAGAGCUCCUGCGAAAGCAGCGGGAAGCGGAAGCGGAAAGACUGAGGCAGGAGGAGGAGCUGUUGAGGAAGCAAGAAGAAGAGGAGGCAGCGGCGGAGGAGCUGAGGAGAGUAGAGGCGGAGAAACUGCGCCGGCUUGAGGAGGAGACAUUGCGCAAGCUAGAAGAAGAGAAACUUCGCGAACUAGAGGAGGAAAAAUUACGGCUAGCAGAGGAAGAAAAGUUGCGACUACGGCGAGAAGAGACAGAGAGGCUGCGUAUAGAAGAGGAGGAGAAGUUGAGGAUUCAGCGAGAAGAAGCCGCUGCAGUGAAACUCCGGGAGGAAGAAGAGAAAGAAAGAUUGCGGCAGCAGGAAGAGGAGAAAUUGAGGAUCCAGAAACAGGGAGAAGAACGGGGGAAUCGACAAGAAGAUGAAGCUCGAGCUCUGCGCGAGGAGCGAGAAGAUAGAGCGGAGAUCCGCGAGGGCCAAGAAUCUAGAAAUGAAGAAGCAGGAGGCCCGCAGAUGCCACAGGCGGGAGUCUCCGCCCAAGAAACGCAGCAAUCGCGAGACCCGCCUCCAGAGCAGAAGUCCGUGACGACAGAAGCUACAAUACAGCCCCCACAAGCACACAAGACCCUUCCCGACGCAAUAGCCCAGGUAAACGUUCCCGUUUCCGAGGAAUCAGCCGCUUCCAAAGCUUCGACGUCGUUCGACGAUGCUGAGGGAGGAUCUCUGGGCCGAGGGCCGAGCGACACGAGUAGAGAGCGAGCGGCGGCUGGUGGCUCCACGAUAGGAUUGAAGAGUCAACAAAGGAAAAAUCCUCUAGUCAGUUACGGCUUCGACAGCGACGACGACGAGGACGACGACGAGGAAGGUGACGACGAGAAUGACGACGAUACCGAAAAUCGCGGUCACGCAGCUUCGAACGCGUCCGAAGCUGUGGCCAAAGACGACACCUUGAGAAUUAACGACGGAGGGUCAAACGAAACGGGAGACUCAUCGUCCCGCGCCAAGUCCGCCGAUGGAGCACGCCAAGACGCAGCAGAGAGUUCUGGGGACUUCGUUGGGGUCGAUGUUUCGGCAGCGAAGUCUUCUGACGAUUCUGGGGGCGUCCAGGUUUCGUCGUCGCACACAACGAGCAUCUUCACUCACUCGGUCGCAAGCCCCGGUCUGGCUACCGGAAAUCCGAAAAAAUUCGAAGUCACCUCGAGUAGCGACAACCCGACCGGAGUAAGUCGCUCCGCAGUGCCUGAUGAUCAAGCCGAGGCUCCAGGCCCCUCCGGGGACGAGACCGAGGUCGGGGCUCGCGAGAACGAGCUCUGCGACCAAGGACUCGUGGCGCAAAGCGCCUGUUCGCAGGCGACGAGUCAAGCGGAAACCGCGUCGAGCUCCGACGAAAGCGGUCGUCCGCUCGAAGUGGCUCCGGUCCGUCUCGGUUCGUUGUCGGCGGAGGGGGCGUCAUCCUCCGCCGAGAUGACAUCGUCCUCCGACAGGGCGAAGCAACACUCUCAGGAUGGCGCAACGUCGAGCUCGGAUGGCCUUCAUUCCGAGUCUUCGAUGAGCGUCCGUCCACCGGAUCAGGAAACCGACUCGAAAGCGUCAUGCGUCGCAUCGUCUUCGCCGUCCCAAGCGAUCGAGCACCCAUCGGAACAGCAGGACCAGCAGGCCGAGGACGCGUGUUCGAGCUCCGACAAGCUACCGGAGAACGACGAUGAUCCGCCCGUCGAUACAUCGUCGGGUGAGGAGCUUCGAACCGAGGUCCAGUCGUCGUCCGAAGUCAAACCGCUCGCGGAGAAGCCCACCGACGCUUCGUCCAGCUCCGACGAGAAACAUUCGGCCGAAUCGUAUGCGGACUCGUCCUCGCCUCAGCAUACGAUGACGACGUCGAACAUCGACGUUGGGAGCAGAAGCGUAGAUGCGGAGGGAGCUCCAUCGAGUUCUGACCAGCAGGGCACGGCGGACAGCAGAAUCGAAGCGGAACCCGAUGGCGUGGAUCCAGUUCGAACGUCAGUGGAGGGUUCCGACGAGGCGAGUUCCCCCGACGAGGGCGGUGGCGGCGAGAACGACGACGACAAUUCCGUCGACGCGAGCGACGAUCCGACUCGGCCCAAAUGCUGCUCGAGUAGUAGCGUUCCGACCGAACGAGGCUCAGCCUCUGCUGAAGAAUUCGAGAGCGGAAGACCGCGUUGCGAAAGCACGAGCGAAACGAGCCGGAUCGCCCGGAUCGCCGUCGACGACGACGACGACUUCGAGGACAAUUCUCAGCCGGAACUUCCGGGAGCCUGCACCAGUAGUCACAGCCAGCAACAUUCGAGUCAGCAUGCUGCAUCCGAGCAAGCCGACCAUCCAUCGAAUGCCGCUGACGAAGACAAAGACAUAUCGAGCAGCAACAACAAUCACAAUAACAGCCACGACAACAUCGAUGCCGCUACGGCGGAGAGCUCCUUGUCGAAGGCCGCCGAGGACAAGACUUCCAUUUCGAGCUCCGACGCUCAACCAUCCCAAAGACCGGCGGACUUUAGUUUAGACGAGUCCUCUGGCAUGGCACAAAGUUCUGACGAGUCGCGAGCUCAGAUGAUGGCGUCGCCGUUGCAAGUCCCCGACGGCAACGAGGUAUCGGCCAGCUCGUCGUCGUCGUCCUCGUUGACAUCGACCGUGACUGGCGAGAACCAAGUCAACACCUCCGGUGGGAAGGACUCUCCAGCCCCGACGCCGAGUAGCAGCAGCUGCAAACCCGACCUGAAGUCUUCUCUGACGUCUUCGAUGGAAGACGCGUCUUCCGAGGCGAUACCAAUGGGCGUCGAUAGCUUGAAAGACGAGGAUGCCUGUCGGGACGAAACCGCCGUAGCCGAAGAGAACGCCGACAGCAGUCGUGAAGACGAGAACCCGAGCUCGAGUUCCCCGUCCGAGAUGAGCGGCAACAAGGGGAGCAAGGAGCCCAAGUAG